ACACGUUACAACUAAACAAUUUCCUUCACCUGACUUUCAACCAAUCAAAGGACACCUUUCAUUCACAUAUCAACCAAUCAGACAAGUCUUUUUAUCCCUGUGCUUGAGAGUCGGCCAAUCAUAUGAGGUCUCUCAUCCUCGCGCCAGCCAAUCAUUGGCGAGAACCUCCAAAACGUCAACAGAACAGAAGUUUAAACCGGCGAGGGGACAAGAUCCGUGUACUUACUUUCACAAAAAUCCAAAUUUAACUGCCAAAGACAUGAUGAUGGAGGGAGAAGAGAAGGAGAACAUGGCCAGAGUUGGUCGAGGGCUGCACAAGCCGCUCACCCACACAGUGUCCAGCCAUUCUAGUGGGCCAUCUGAAUCAACUGCAAAAUCUGUAACACACAAGUCAGUCUCUAGAAUGUUGUCAAACCCUAUACCAGCCAACAAGCCAACUGCAGUUACUAGGCCUCGGAUGGGUCCCCAGGUAUCUCGCAAGCCACUAAACGAUGAUACUAAUCAGCCAAGAAGCAAGAGUGAAAAUACAGUUUCAACAGGGUCAAGCAGUAGCCAAGCAGUGUCACACAAACAGGCUGCAUCAUCACGUUCAAACACCCUAUCCUCAGCACAGCGUAACGUCAAAACAGAAUCGACACAUCCCAAGGGCAAUGCUAUAUCCUCUGCAGUGAAAAAAACCAUUGUAGCCCGAGUGGCAAGUCAUACUCGACCAGUCAUAGAUAACAAGGCUCCAAGACCACAGAUGGGCACUAAAGCAGUGGGUUCAUCCACAAGAACUGUAAACCCAAUGCACAAACAGGGGGGAGAUCACAAGGGAAAUGCUCAGCUGAAGUCAGGACAAACACAUCAUAAGACGGGAAGUGCUUCAGAAAUAAAAAUACCUUCACCACAAAUUAACAAGUCUACUGCACCAACAAAGCAAGGUCCAGCAUUAGCCAAGGAGACUGCUGCAACAAACACCAUAGGCAAACCCUUGGAUGAUGAUCCACGGUCAACAGUAGCCAGUCACCAACAGAAACCUGUAGUACCAGCUUGCCCACAGGAAUCCACAACAGUCAGUGAAACCAAAGAACAAAAUGAAACAAAGUCUUCCUCUGAUCAGCCCGACAGCCAAACAAAAACCCUUCCGGAAGAUGUGAAGGGAGAAAAUCAAACAAACAAAAUCAUAGAUGAUUCUGCUCCCCGAGAAAAUACUGCCAAGGGGCAACAGGCAGAGGAAUCAGAAGAAAAGAAAGAUGACUGGGGUCCCGAUGAAUCAGAACAAGAAAAAUCCUCUAAGAGACAAUGGGUAUUGGAUGAUUUCGAAAUUGGCCGUCCUCUAGGGAAAGGCAAGUUUGGUAAUGUGUAUUUAGCAAGAGAGAAGAAGACACAUACUGUGUUGGCUUUGAAGGUGCUAUUCAAAUCUGUGCUAUCGAAGGCAGGAAUCAUCCACCAAGUGCGCAGAGAAGCAGAGAUCCAGUCCCAUCUAAGACAUCCAAAUAUUCUUCGAAUGUAUGGGUAUUUCCACUGUGAGAAACGUGUAUACCUCAUGCUUGAACAUGCACGAUAUGGAGAGAUGUACAAGGUGCUUUGCUCGCAACCCAACAAGCGCUUUACUGAACACCAAGCUGCAAACUAUAUUGUACAGCUGGUUAGUGCUCUCCAGUACUGCCACUCCAAGAAAGUCAUUCAUCGUGAUAUCAAACCUGAAAAUAUUCUAAUUGCUGGAAAUGGGCAGUUGAAGAUUGCAGAUUUUGGAUGGUCUGUUUAUUCCCCUAAUGAGAGACGCACGACCCUCUGUGGCACCUUGGACUACCUCCCACCAGAAAUGAUUGAGGGGCGCAUGUAUGAUGAGAAGGUGGACAUCUGGUCAUUAGGGGUGCUGUGCUAUGAGUUCUUGGCAGGCAAGCCCUCCUUUGAAUCCACAUCACAGUCAGAAACCUUCAGAAGGAUUGCUAGGGUAGAUAUCAAAUUCCCAUUGCACUUCUCUGAAGAGGUCAAAGACUUAAUUUGUAAGUUGCUACGGUACAACCCAAAGGAGCGCCUUAGUUUAGAAGGAAUAAUGGAACACCCAUGGAUUAAAAUGCACUAUGACCCUUCUGUUCCUCCUCCAAAUCCAUGUGCCAAGUGAAGUUGUCGGUAAAGCUGCUGUGGCCCAAGUUCUUUGAUAAGUUUCCUUCUUGCAAAGCAUUUACAUAUUUCUUAUAUUAUUAUUAUUAUUUUGAUCAUUACCACAAUUUUAGAUUGAAUAUUUGGAAAAAUUGCAGUCAAAUCCUAGGAUAAUGCUAUUUUUCCUUUUCUUUUUACUUGAGAGACUGUACUUCCUUAUCUUUAUUACUUGGAAUAUAUUGUUCCUUCUCUUUUAUUUAGAGAAAUGUCCACUUGUAAGAGUAAAAAAUGUACUGAAUAUUCUAGGAUGCUGGUGUGGUAGAAGUGUGUUAUGUAUGAGAAAAUAAACUUGUUUGAAUGAGAAUAUUUAUGUGGAACAAUUUACAACAUUGUAUUUUAUAAAUGGAGAAAAUUUUGUGGUUUGACAGCUGUAAUGACAUGUAUUUUAACUGAUUAUUAGUGUGCGUGAUACAUUGCCAGGUUUCUGAUUUAUAUGAUAAGGUUUUGUAAAAGAUGCCCAAUAUAUUUUAAGAGUCCAUUGAAGACAUAUAAUCAGGUUGUUUUAUUUUUGUGUAUUAUUUAGAUUAAUCUGUGAUAAGACUAGAUUUCCGUCAAACCUGUUAUUCUUAAUUUCCCAUUACUCUCCCAGGAACAUGAGAGGAUGUACACCCAUGUUUACUUUAUGUAUUUGUUAAAGAGGGUUUUUGUAUGAACCCUCAGAGUCACUUCUAUUAGCUAAUAAAAAAUGCAAUAAUAAUGAUUCAA